AAGAGCUGUCACAACAUGCAAGCCAAAUUUUAUUUGCAUCUCUUUACUUAAUGGCUUGUAGGCAAAAGUGUGUUAAAAUUGUGUAAAAAUCGGUGGUUUCUCCUUCUUAACAAUCCUCCAAUAUGAAUGAAUUGGAGCAGCUGGAGCACCUGUCGCUGGUGUCGAAGAUUUGCACGGAGCUGGAGAACCAUCUCGGAUUGAACGACAAAGAUUUGGCGGAGUUUAUUAUCGAUCUGGCACAUAAGAACCCCACCAUCGACGCGUUCAAGCGUGUGCUGGUAGAAAAUGGUGCCGAAUUUUCCGACUCCUUCACCACAAAUCUGCUGCGCAUUAUACAGCUCAUGAAGCCAGCAGGCGGCAAACCGGGGUCUUCCGCGUUUGAGGAUGACGCUAACGAUGGCAAGAAUCUGGCUUUCAAAUUCCCCGGCUUGGCGAUACCGAACAAUAAGAAGGCGUUCUCAUCCGAUGAGGAAGCGGAUGAUGCGGAUGCGAAGGAUGACAAGAAGCGGGAAAAACAUAGAGAUCGCAAGGAAGACAAGAAAGCGUUCGGAAGCGAUGUGGUCGACGAUAUGUUCUCGGAGCUGGAACAAAUGGCUCCAUCGAAAGCGAGCAAGGAGGAGGAAGGCAAAUCUCGCGAACAGCUCGAGGUGGACAAUAUGUUUGCUGAGCUGGAAAAUCUGGCCCCGACCAAAACUACAGAAGAGGAUAAGGAGGCGAAGCGUCGUGACCGGCGCAGUCAGUCUCGUGAGCGAAGGAAAGAGCGCAGUAGAUCGAGAGAAAAACGACGUGAUCGUAGUAGAUCGCGUGAUCGGCGAAGAAGAAGCAGAUCGAAGGAUAGGAAGCGCCGAAGCCGUUCGAGGAGCCGAGAUCGGCACGAUCGUGACCGGAACCGUGAUCGGGAACGGGGAGGUCGUGAGCGGGAUCGUGACAGGGAACGGGAUCGCCGGGUGAGACGGAGUCGUUCGGGAAGCCACUCCCGCGACAGGAACCACCGCCAUCGUAAUCGGAGUAAUUCGCGCGAACCGGCACCGAUCGUGGAAAGAAGGAAACGGACGCCACCCAUGCCGGAAGAACCUGAACCGGGCAACAUUUACGACGGACGGGUGGUGAACAUCGUCGCUUUUGGAUGCUUUGUGCAGCUGAAUGGAUUCCGGCGCAAGAAGGAAGGUUUGGUGCACAUUUCGCAGCUAUCUACCGAGGGCCGGGUGAACCUGGUCACGGACGUGGUCAACCGGGGCGAUGAGGUGAAGGUGAAGGUUAUGUCGCUGGCGGGGAACAAAAUUUCUCUCAGCAUGAAGGAGGUGGACCAAUCGGACGGGCGGGACUUGAAUCCGCUCUCGCACGCACAUCUGAAGGAGGCGGCUGAUGCGGAGCUUGCGGGGCGCAAUCCGGAUCGCCCGAUGACCGUGCCAUCGAUGCUCAAUCUCCAGGAAGGCACACUCGAACCGGUGGAGGAAACGUCACGCAAAAAGGUGACCCGCAUUUCGUCCCCCGAACGCUGGGAAAUCAAGCAGAUGAUCUCGUCCGGUGUGAUCGAUCGAUCCGAGAUGCCGGACUUUGACGAGGAAACGGGACUGCUGCCCAAGGACGAGGAUAGUGAGGCAGACAUUGAGAUCGAAAUCGUAGAGGAUGAACCCCCCUUCCUGCAGGGCCAUGGGCGCGCGCUGCACGAUCUUUCCCCGGUGAGGAUAGUGAAGAACCCGGAUGGAUCACUCGCGCAAGCGGCCAUGAUGCAGACGGCGCUAGCGAAGGAACGACGCGAGCAGAAGAUGCUUCAGCGUGAGCAGGAAAUGGACGCCGUUCCGACGAACAUGAACAAAAACUGGAUCGAUCCACUGCCGGAUGAGGAUGACGAGCGUACGAUGGCGGCCAACACGCGCGGUGUCGGUAUGUCCACGCAGGACGUCCCCGAGUGGAAGAAGGCCAUCAUCGGCGGAAAGAAGAGCUCGUUUGGGCGGAAAACCGACAUGAGCCUCGUGGAGCAGCGGCAAUCGUUGCCGAUCUACAAACUACGCGACGAUCUCAUCAAAGCGGUUACGGAUAAUCAAAUUUUGAUCGUAAUCGGCGAGACUGGUUCGGGCAAAACGACCCAAAUCACGCAAUAUCUCGCCGAGAGCGGGUUUAUUGCGCGGGGCAAGAUUGGCUGUACGCAGCCGCGUCGUGUUGCGGCCAUGUCGGUGGCAAAGCGUGUGGCGGAGGAGUACGGUUGCCGGCUGGGGCAGGAGGUGGGCUACACGAUCCGUUUCGAGGACUGCACCAGCCAGGAAACGGUCAUCAAGUACAUGACGGACGGUAUGCUGUUGCGCGAGUGUUUGGUUGACUUUGACCUCAAAUCGUACUCGGUCAUCAUGCUGGACGAGGCGCACGAGCGCACGAUCCACACGGAUGUGCUGUUUGGGCUGCUGAAGCAAGCCGUGCAGAAGCGCCCGGAACUGAAACUUAUCGUCACGUCCGCCACACUGGACGCGGUAAAGUUUUCGCAGUAUUUCUUCGAAGCACCCAUCUUCACCAUCCCUGGACGGACGUUCCCGGUGGAGAUACUGUACACGAAGGAGCCGGAAACGGACUAUCUGGACGCAUCGCUCAUUACCGUAAUGCAGAUUCAUUUGCGCGAACCGCCCGGCGAUGUGCUGCUGUUCCUCACGGGCCAGGAAGAAAUUGACACGGCGUGCGAAAUACUGUACGAGCGCAUGAAAUCGCUCGGCCCGGAUGUCCCGGAGCUAAUUAUCCUGCCCGUCUACUCCGCGCUACCAUCGGAGAUGCAAACGCGCAUCUUUGAUCCAGCUCCACCGGGCAGCCGGAAGGUGGUGAUUGCUACCAACAUUGCCGAAACGUCGCUCACUAUCGAUGGCAUCUACUACGUGGUGGAUCCCGGCUUUGUGAAGCAAAAGGUGUACAACUCGAAGACGGGCAUGGACUCGCUGGUGGUCACCCCGAUCUCGCAAGCGGCCGCUAAACAGCGAGCGGGUCGUGCCGGUCGUACCGGGCCAGGAAAAGCCUAUCGACUGUACACGGAGCGCGCGUACCGGGACGAAAUGCUACCCACGCCCGUGCCCGAGAUUCAACGGACGAAUCUUGCCACCACAGUGCUGCAGCUAAAAACGAUGGGAAUCAACGAUCUGCUGCAUUUCGACUUCAUGGACGCACCGCCGGUCGAGUCGCUCGUCAUGGCACUGGAACAGUUGCACUCGCUGUCGGCGCUCGACAACGAAGGAUUGCUAACGAGGCUCGGCCGAAGGAUGGCGGAGUUCCCGCUCGAACCGAACCUAUCCAAGCUGCUCAUUAUGUCCGUAGCGCUGCAGUGCUCCGACGAGGUGCUUACGAUCGUUUCGAUGCUCUCCGUGCAGAACGUUUUCUACCGGCCAAAGGAUAAGCAGGCGCUGGCCGAUCAGAAGAAGGCCAAGUUCAACCAGAUCGAAGGCGACCACCUGACGCUGCUGGCGGUUUACAAUAGCUGGAAGAAUAACAAAUUCUCGAACGCCUGGUGCUAUGAAAACUUUGUGCAAAUUCGCACUCUCAAGCGAGCGCAGGACGUGCGGAAACAAUUGCUGGGCAUCAUGGAUCGGCACAAGCUGGACGUGGUGUCGGCCGGCAAGAAUACGGUGCGCGUACAGAAAGCCAUCUGUUCCGGGUUCUUCCGAAAUGCGGCAAAGAAGGACCCACAGGAGGGCUACCGGACGCUGGUUGACUCGCAGGUCGUCUACAUUCAUCCGUCCAGUGCGCUGUUCAAUCGACAACCGGAAUGGGUGGUCUAUCACGAGCUGGUACAAACGACGAAAGAGUAUAUGCGCGAGGUGACCACGAUCGAUCCCAAAUGGUUGGUCGAGUUCGCACCGGCCUUCUUCCGCUUCUCCGACCCUACGAAGCUGAGCAAGUUCAAGAAGAACCAACGGCUGGAACCGCUGUACAACAAGUACGAGGAACCGAACGCGUGGCGUAUCAGCAGAACGAGACGGCGCCGAAAUUAAGCUACACACAUCGACUAGGGGAGCUACCCUGCCGAGCAUUAUUCGCUCCCAGGGCUAGGGACUAACGUUUAAUCUUACUCAACAAUAUAGUGUUACACACGCCGAAUCACGGCAACCUGUACGAA